GCGCGCGUCCACGGUAAAGAUGAGGAGCAGCAGUGAUUAGUCGGCGAGGAAAGAAGGGGGGGAGAAAGAAAAAAAAAAGAAAAAAGGACGCUGGAGAGAGAGAGAGAGAGAGAGAGAGAGAGAGGGGGGAGAAGAAGCUCGUCAUGUUAAGUGACAAGAAGAAGAAGAAGUGAUUAUGGUAUUUUGUGGUGAAUUAAAAAUGGCUCUGUGUCAUGGGCUGUUUUGUCAGUUGGAAGUUCGCGCGAGGACGAAUUUGUGAGAAGGGAAGAAAAUCCGUUGGGAUAUUUAAACAGAGGAGUCUCGAGCCGCCGCUGAUCUUUACGCUCUCGCGACAACUACGCGGAAUACAAGAAAACACCAGGAUUUUUUCUUUCUUUCUUUUUUAUUUUUUAUUUAUAUUUUUUUUUCCACUCCGAGAAGUUGUGAUGUCUUGAAGCAUUCUCUGGGCCUUUUCUGAAGCACGCACGCGCUGAGAGCUGAUGGGCCGCACGGCUCCAACAUGAGCAUUCGCGAUGUUGCCGGCCGGCGCCGCUGCUUCGAGGAUGCCGAGCUCUCGCUGCGUGUCUACCCCGGAGCAAUUGCCGUGGGCACCAUCUACUGCCCCGUCCUGGCCCGCAAGAGAACGACGGCUGCCGAGGUCAUCGAGCAAGUGAUUGCUCGGCUGCGGCUGGACCGCACCAAAUGCUAUGUGCUGGCCGAGGUGAAGGAGUUCGGCGGGGAGGAAUGGAUCCUGAACCCGAGCGACUGCCCGGCUCAGCGCAUGAUGCUGUGGCCCCGCGCUGCACUGGAGAACCGCUCGGGAAGCGAGGACUACCGCUUCCUGCUGCGAGAGAAGAAUGUGGAUGGGUCCAUCCAUUACGGCAACGUGGCCAUGUGGCUGCAGUUGACAGAGGAGCGGCGGCGCAUGGUAGAGCGUGGACUGCUGCCUCCGCCACAAGUCCAGGACCACGACGAUCUCUGCAAGCUGCCUGACCUGAGCGAGAAGACUCUGCUGGAGAACCUGCGCACCCGCUUCAGGCAGGAGAAGAUCUAUACGUACGUGGGUAGCAUCCUCGUCGCCAUCAACCCCUUCAAGUUCCUGCCCGUCUACAACCCCAAAUACGUCAAGAUGUACGACAACCACCAGCUCGGGAAGCUGGAGCCACACAUCUAUGCCGUGGCCGACGUGGCCUACCAUGCUAUGCUGCAACGAAAGCGCAACCAGUGCAUCGUCAUCUCUGGAGAGAGCGGCUCAGGAAAGACGCAGAGCACCAACUUCCUCAUCCAUCAUCUGACGGCGCUCAGUCAGAAGGGGUUCGCUAGCGGGGUGGAGCAGAUCAUUCUCGGAGCUGGGCCAGUGCUGGAGGCUUUUGGCAACGCGAAGACGGCCCACAAUAACAACUCGAGCCGCUUUGGCAAGUUCAUCCAAGUCAACUAUCAGGAGAGCGGCACUGUCAGAGGCGCCUAUGUCGAGAAGUACCUGCUGGAGAAGUCUCGGCUCGUUUACCAGGAACACAAUGAAAGGAACUACCAUGUGUUUUACUACCUGCUGGCAGGCGCGAGCGAGGAGGAGAGGACCACCUUCCACCUCCUCAAGCCUGAAGAAUACCAUUACCUCAGUCAGAUGACAAAGAAACCACAGAAACUGCACUGGGAAAAUUACUAUGAGAGCGAACUGCAGGACUGCUUCACCGUGGAAGGAGAGGAUCUGAAGCACGACUUUGAGCGUCUGCAGCUGGCCAUGGAGAUGGUGGGGUUCCUGCCAGCCACACGAAAACAAAUCUUUUCUCUGCUGUCAGCGAUCCUUCAUUUAGGCAACAUCCGGUAUAAGAAGAAGACGUACCGAGAUGACUCCAUCGACAUCUGCAAUCUUGAUGUCCUGCCCAUCGUCUCAGAGCUGCUGGAGGUGAAAGAGGAGAUGUUAUUUGAAGCCCUGACGACGCGGAAGACGGUGACGGUGGGAGAAAAGCUCAUCGUGCCCUACAAAUUGGCUGAGGCUGGAACUGUGCGCGACUCCAUGGCUAAAUCUCUGUACAGCGCUCUGUUCGACUGGAUCGUGUUCAGAAUCAAUCACGCCCUGCUCAACAACCGAGAGCUGGAGGAGUCGGCCAAGAUCUUAUCCAUCGGUGUCCUCGACAUCUUCGGCUUCGAAGACUAUGAGAACAACAGCUUCGAACAGUUCUGCAUCAACUUCGCCAACGAGAGACUUCAGCAUUACUUCAACCAACACAUCUUUAAGCUGGAGCAGGAAGAGUACAGGGCAGAGGGCAUCACCUGGCAUAACAUAGAUUACAUCGACAACACCGGCUGCAUCAACCUCAUCAGCAAGAAACCCACAGCGCUGCUCCACCUACUGGACGAGGAGUGCAACUUCCCGCAGGCCACCAACCAGACGCUGUUGGACAAGUUCAAGCGGCAACACGAGGGAAACAGCUACAUCGAGUUUCCUGCCGUCAUGGAGCCGGCCUUCAUCAUCAAGCACUAUGCCGGGAAGGUCAAGUACGGCGUGAAGGAUUUCAGGGAGAAGAACACGGACCACAUGCGGCCGGACAUCGUAGCUCUGUUGAAGAGCAGCAGAAACGCCUUCAUCGGCGGCCUGAUCGGCAUCGACCCGGUGGCCACCUUCCGCUGGGCCGUGCUGCGGGCUUACUGCAGAGCUGUGGUGGCCUUCAGGGAGGCAGGGAAGAGACACACCGAGAAGAAGAGUGGGCAUGAUGCUGUCGCUCCAUGUGCAGUUUUGAAAAGUGUGGAUAGUUUUAGCUUUCUGCAUCACCCUGUGCAUCAGAGAAGCUUAGAGAUCCUGCAGAGGUGCAAGGAGGAGAAGUACAGUGUGAGCAGGAGGACUCCUCGUACGCCGCUCUCAGACCUGCAGGGCAGCAACAACGAGAGAUCUAACCGGGACAGCCGGAACGGACGCUCCGGGAGACAAAGUCGACUGUCUUCUGGCAGCUCGAUCACAGACGAAGACGGGAUCUUCAUCAACUCCGCCAGCAGCAAGCUCCUAGAGAGAGCCCAUGGCAUUCUGAUGAGGAACAAAAACUACAAAAUGAAACCCAGUCUCCCGAAGCACCUGCUGGACGUGAAGUCCCUAAAGUACCUGAGCAACCUGACCCUACAUGAUCGCAUCACCAAGUCCCUCCUGCACCUCCACAAGAAGAAGAAACCUCCGAGUAUCAGUGCCCAGUUUCAGGCAUCUCUUAAUAAGCUGAUGGAGACUCUUGGCCAGUCUGAGCCCUACUUUGUGAAGUGCAUCCGAUCAAAUGCAGAGAAGCUGCCUUUGAGAUUUAACGACACCCUGGUGCUGAGGCAGCUUCGCUACACAGGCAUGCUGGAGACUGUUCACAUCAAACAAUCAGGCUACAGCAUCAAAUAUACCUUUCAGGAGUUUGUACGGCACUUUCGCGUGAUGCUACCCGAGGACCUACAGGCCAAACAGCAGGACAUCAGGAACUACCUCUUCCAGGUGGACCUCGUUCCUGAAGGCUUUCAAGUGGGCCGCACAAUGGUGUUCAUGCGUGAGGCAGCACGCCAGAGGCUGCAGGAUCGGCUCCAUCAGGAGGUGCUGCGGAGGACAGUCAAUCUACAGCGCCGCUUUCGAGCCGUGCGGGAGAGGAAGAGUUUUCUCAGGAUGAAACAUGCCGCCUGCCUCAUACAGGACUGGUGGAGGAGCUGCCAGGCCAAGCAAAGAGACGAGCAGCUGAAGUAUGACAAUAAUGUCAGACAGGGAGCGGCAAUCUGCAUUCAGUCAGCUUGGAGAGGUUUCCAAGAGCGCCGCAGAUUCUUGCUAUGGAAGGAAGCAGUAGUGGUAAUCCAAAGGAACUGGAGACUGUGCUUGUAUAGACGCGGUCAAGCUGCCGUCAUGAUCCAGGCUGCCUGGAGAAGCUACAAGGCCAGAGAGCAGUACAUCCACCGUCGUCACAUCGUCAUUCUUUUCCAAGCAGCAUGUCGAGGCUUUUUGGCAAGGCAGAGGUUCCGAGAACUGAGAGAGCAGAAGUUGAAGGAGACACAGCUGCUGAAUGGACAAACAAGCCCAUCGUCAGAGGAAGAAAAACUAAAGAUCAUGGGUCUGGAUGUGAGCAUGUGGGAGGACCGUUCUUAUGAGGAGCGGGAGAGGAGCUUCCAGCGACCCCGUGAGGUCGAGGCACCUCAGGAGGAGCUGCAUCUGAAGGACAAACGGAUACGAGGAGAAGAGGCAGAAGCACAGCCGCAAGCUCAAGUGGUGAUCAGAGAGAGACCGCGCCCGUUUGACGACUCCAACCUAAAAACACGGGCCAAGAGAGAGAGUCGGCGCAUGCGAGAGUUAGAGCAGGCCAAGUUUAGCCUGGAGCUACUUAAGGUGCGUUCCACAGGAGGAACGUCUCCUUCUGAGGACAGACGUUGGUCUAUGGAGCUUGCCAAUGAUGGUGCUCUCUCGCCCCAAGGCACUCCAGAUAGCCAAAGCUCUAAAGGAAGCUUUGAGCUGGUUAGUAUGGAUGACUAUGCCAAAGAAAAAGUGCCAUGUGAUGAAGCAGGUGAUAGUAACUCUUCAUUUUCAACUCCACCCCAGCAUGAAGUGCUCCCCAGCAGCCCCAAGCUUCCAUUUCCUCUCGAACCUCUUGCAACUGGUGCUCUGUCUAACAGUCCCAAAGCUAAACAAGACAAUCUUCCUGCUUUGCCUAAACUGGAGAACUCCCUUCCUACUUUCUACACUCCUCCACUAGAGAACAGCUCUAUAUUUGCAAAGUCUAGUAUAGACUCGUCCACCUCACAACAUCAGAGUCCAGAAAUGCAAGUAAAGGCCAGUAGGGAGUCUUCCCGCAGACCAGUAGUUGUUGUGAUUAGCAUGCAGAAGGAACCCAUGCUUGAAGUAGCAGAUUUGAAGCCACCAGAAGUAAGAGACAGUUCUGCUCAGACCAGUGAGCCAUCAAGUCCGGCACAGGGUGAAAACACCACCCGGUCCAUGCUGGAGAGGCUGGAGAAGCUCAACGAGGCCAAACAGGAGCGGCAGAAGCAUCAGCAGCAGCGGGACGAGAGGGAGAUGAUGGAGCAGAUCCGGCAGCAGAAGGAGAUCCUGGAGAAACAACGCAAGCACUUCGCCCAGUUUGAGAGAGACAUGUUUGAAAAGCAGCGGGGUGAGGCCUUGCAGAGGAUUGAGCAAGGUAGGCAAGAAAGAUCCGGAAAGACCACAGAGAGGAGUCCUCCUAAAGCACAGCCAGAGCCCGAUCUCAUCUCCUCACUUAAAACUCAAGAGAAACCGGGUUCGCAAUCCCAUACAAGAGAAAGACCAAAGGACAAACAGAAUGUGUCAGAUGGAUGGUCUCCAAAACUCACCUUAGAAUCUCAAGAAGGUGCGGCCAAAGAAGCCCUUAAGAAACCACCUACCUCAAGUGUUAACGUUAACAUGACUGAGAGACAUGGAGAAUUUUUUUUCUCCCCCAAAGACAAGGUUUCCGUCUCGAAGUUUGAAAAGGAAUUAAGCGGUACAGGGAAGUCGGCGGGAGCUCAGAAGGAGGCCAGAAUUUCCGAAAGCAAAUCCUUGAAGCCUUUGAAAGUUCGUGAGGUUGCCAGACCAGGCCAUAAAAAAGCCCGCAUGGCGCGGACACGCUCAGACUUCCUGACCCGUGGUUCAAAUCCUCCAGGGGAGGGGGAGUCAGAGGAGGAAGAGUACGAUGAGACCCCUCUGUCUUUUGGCCCACCCCUCCCCAAGCAGGACUCUGAGGGGGGGACACUAGACGCAUGUCACAGUGACUCUGAAAUGCCAUCCUUAUUCAACGAUGAAAAGCGGACCAUGCAUAAAGCCAUGUCUUCUGGGGAUCUCGGCAAGACUGACUCCCUGAGAAAGAUUUCACAAGGAGAUGGAAGGGUUCGGGGGAAGAUGAGGUUCUGGGGAAAGACCAAGCAGGGAGAGAAGAAAUCAUCCAGAGACAGAUUGAUGCAUGCUGGUGAGUCUCUAGAUGGGGAUUAUCCUGAUACUGCACUCCUCAUGGCUGAAGGGGAGUGCUUAUCCCCUCCUCAUAGCCCUGACUCCCUACCAGAGUUCAAGGAGAACAAGGAGCCCUCGCCCAAAAUGAAGCGGCGGCGCAGCGUGAAAAUCAGCAGCUCAGCUCUCGAGCCCGCCCAGUGGCAGAACGACGAACUGCAGAUCCUCACAUGUACCAAUGACUACAGGAGUAUGAACGAGUUCCUCAUGAAGAAGAUUGCCGAUCUAGACACGGAGGACAGUAAGAAAGACACGCUGGUGGAUGUUGUGUUUAAAAAGGCGCUAAAGGAAUUCCGUGUGAACAUUUUCAACUCCUAUUCCACCGCUUUGGCUAUGGAUGAUGGGAAGAGUAUACGCUAUAAAGACCUGCAUGCAUUGUUCGAGCAGAUCCUGGAGAAGACCAUGCGUCAGGAGCAAAGAGACUGGAGCGUGUCACCCGUCCGAGUAUGGGUGAACACAUUCAAAGUGUUCUUAGAUGAGUUCAUGACCGAGUACAAGCCACUGGACAGCACCAUGAACAGGGUCAUCAAGCCAGAUCGAAAGAAGAGGAGGAAAAAGGACACUGACAUUGUAGAGGAACACAAUGGCCAUAUCUUUAAGUCCACUCAGUACAGCAUCCCCACAUACUGCGAGUUCUGCUCCUCCCUCAUAUGGAUGAUGGACAGAGCAUGCGUCUGCAAGCUAUGCCGGUAUGCUUGCCACAGAAAGUGCUGUCUGAAGACAAUCAGCAAGUGUAGCAAGAAGUAUGAUCCAGAGCUUUCAUCAAGGCAGUUUGGUGUGGAUGUGUCCCGUUUGACCCACGAUGACCGCUCAGUACCUCUGGUGGUAGAGAAGCUCAUUAACUAUAUCGAGAUGCAUGGCCUCUACACAGAAGGCAUCUACAGGAAAUCUGGCUCCGCCAAUAAAAUCAAGGAACUAAAACAGGGUCUGGACACAGAUGUGAGCAGUACAAACUUGGAUGACUAUAACAUCCAUGUCAUCGCCAGUGUUUUCAAGCAGUGGCUGCGUGAUUUGCCCAAUCCCCUUCUGACCUUUGAACUGUAUGAGGAAUUUCUAAGAGCCAUGGGCCUUCAAGACAAAAAGGAGGUGGUACGAGGAGUGUACUCUGUGAUCGAUCAGCUCAGCAGAACUCACCUGAACACUCUCGAAAGGCUGAUCUUCCACUUGGUCAGGAUUGCUCUGCAAGAAGAGACCAACCGGAUGUCUGCCAAUGCACUGGCCAUUGUCUUUGCUCCCUGUAUCUUGCGGUGCCCGGACACGAUCGACCCCCUGCAGAGUGUUCAGGACAUCAGCAAAACCACAGCAUGUGUAGAACUGAUCAUUUGCGAGCAGAUGAACAAGUACAAAGCUCGACUAAAGGACAUCAACACUCUGGAGUUUGCUGAGAGUAAAGCAAAGAGUCGCUUGACCAUCAUUCGCAGGUCUAUGAAGCCCGUAGUAAUCGCAGUUAGGUUUAUGAGCAUAACCCGCAGUGCAGCGGCGGCCAAUGCAGCAAGAAAGGGUAAGGGGCGAUCACGUAAGCUCGGAUAUCCCUCACCGUCUCCUCCGGUGAGCCCUCGCUCUCCCUUCGCCCCCGAGAUUAUGGAGGAGAGCGAAGAUGAGGACACCAUCAGAGACACCGAGGUGACGGAGCAGCAUGUCGCCAUGGAGCAAGAAGAAAGAGUGCUGACUGAACAGAUCGAGAAUCUGCAGAAAGAGAAAGAGGAGCUGACGUACGAGAUGCUGUCUCUGGAGCCUCGAGCGUCAGACGAUGAGACUUUGGAGUCUGAGGCGUCUAUCGGAACGGCUGACAGCUCCGAGAACCUGAACAUAGACUCUGAAGGUGCCGUCUCUGAUUUCUCAGAAAAAGGCCCCACGCUAGCUGCCACCCGACCCAAGAAAUCCCAGGGAAAAACCAGAAGGACCCUACAGAGACAACCUGAUUCUCUCGACUCUGUAGACUCCAGCUCCACCGUUUCCUCCAUCUCCUCAUCCUGCCCGCAGCCUUCUGCUUCAUCCCGCCGCCUCCGGCUCCGAACCAAAUUGGCAUCGUCCAGCCAGGACUCUCCUGAGCAUGAUGGCAUUGAGAGGCCCCAGUUCAGCAGCCAUAGCACUUUCAACCCUGAGAAAAGCAAGCAGAAGCUGCGCAAUGCCAAGUACUCUGCUCAGAGACCCCCAGAUGACCAGGGGCAGAACAGAGACCCGGACCUUCAAGCACAGCAGCUAGUGUUAUACGGCACCAAUGAGUUCAUGGUGUGAAGUAGCUGCUCGUCUUCCCUCAUUAGCUUAUUCCACAGCUCCCAAGGCUUCGUUCUCUGCGCCAGCAGGACAGUCCCUAUAAGUGCCCUGGACAUAAAGGGGCAAAAGAAGUGUGUUGGAGAAAACCCCACUGACAUAAUAAAAGGGUCAGGUCCAAGACUGAUGUUUUCUGUUACUGAGUCAAGGAUUAGAGAGGAACACAGGCAGAAGGAGAAAAAUAAUGUGAUUAAGGGGGGAAAUUUUUUGAUUGCUCGGCUGCAGGCGGCUUUCCUCAGCCAGGAGACAAGGCCAUUCAUAGUGCAGACUCCAUGAACCCAAGAUAAACCAUUGGCUGCUUUUGAAGUUUACACUUUAUAACCAUGUUAAGCAGCGUGCUCUAUAAAUAUGUGUAUGUAUUUCACUUCCUGGCUUAUUUAAUAAAUUUUAAUUACAUGAUUAUAUUAUAUAUAUAUAUAUA